UCCACUGAGGGCGCGGCGCGCAGCCGCCAGCUCAGUGAAGGCGCGAGGAGCCCCGCAGGCUCCGGCGCAGCAGGAGGUGUGCGAAGUCGGGGUGCGGGGAGAGCUCGAAGCAGAAGAGGGAGAACGAACGAGGGUGAGCACGCUGAGCAGCCGUGCGUGCGCUCCGCCCGCUCUGCGCCACAGGAUCGUCUGACGAAGCACAAGCCAGCAGGGUCUCUGUCCUGAGGACAUUGCUGCCACCCAGGCAUUCAGAGAACCAACCACAUAGAAUCUGAAGGUCGAAGCAGCCCCAGUCUGGGACCGAGGAAGAGCGGAGCCAAAAGGCAGAUCCCAGACUCUGGAGGAGAAAGGAGAGUGGAUUCCGGAGACAGCACGUCGCGAGCCCCAGAGCUCCCAGGAUAGUCAGGAUCGCGCGCUUCGCCGCUGGACGGCACGCCCCCCUUAGCUUCUGCACUCUCCCCUCUGGGCACCUCCUCACCUGCCCCAGAGGAACUUUCACCCGCUGAGGUGCAAGACAAAGCCACGCACCCGGCGCCCACCAUGCGCCUCAACAGCUCCGCACCGCAGGGCGCCCCUGGUGAACCCGGCGCCCAGCCCUUCCCUUGGCCGCAAUCAGGACUGGAGGCGAUGCUCUUGGCGCUCGGCUUGGGCAAUGGCUCUGGCAACAGCUCGGAAUCUGUCCCGGCAGCGCCUAACAGCGACCUGGACGUGAACACUGAUAUCUAUUCCAAGGUGCUGGUGACCACCAUAUACCUGGCGCUCUUCGUGGUGGGCACUGUGGGCAACUCAGUGACAGCCUUCACUCUAGCGCGGAAGAAGUCUCUGCAGAGCUUGCAGAGCACUGUGCAUUACCACCUGGGCAGCCUGGCACUGUCCGACUUGCUCAUCCUGCUGCUGGCCAUGCCCGUGGAGCUGUACAACUUUAUCUGGGUGCACCAUCCCUGGGCCUUUGGGGAUGCCGGCUGCCGUGGCUACUAUUUCCUGCGUGAUGCCUGCACCUAUGCCACAGCCCUCAAUGUGGCCAGCCUGAGUGUGGAGCGGUACUUGGCCAUCUGCCAUCCCUUCAAGGCCAAGACCCUCAUGUCCCGCAGCCGCACCAAGAAAUUCAUCAGUGCCAUAUGGCUAGCCUCGGGGUUGCUAGCUGUGCCCAUGCUCUUCACCAUGGGCCUACAGAACCGCAGUGCUGAUGGCCAGCACCCUGGUGGCUUGGUGUGCACACCCAUUGUGGACACGGCCACAGUCAAGGUCGUCAUCCAGGUUAACACCUUCAUGUCCUUUGUGUUCCCCAUGCUGGUCAUCUCCAUCCUAAACACUGUGAUUGCCAACAAACUGACAGUCAUGGUGCAGCAGGCCAACGAGCAGGGCCGGGUCUGCACUGUGGGGACCCAGAACAGUUUACAGCACAGCACAUUCAGCAUGUCCAUCGAGCCUGGUCGUGUCCAGGCCCUGCGCCAUGGAGUCCUCGUCCUACGUGCUGUUGUCAUUGCCUUUGUGGUCUGCUGGCUGCCUUACCACGUGCGGCGUCUCAUGUUCUGCUAUAUCUCGGAUGAGCAGUGGACUACGUUCCUCUUCGACUUCUACCACUACUUCUACAUGCUGACCAACGCUCUCUUCUACAUCAGCUCUGCCAUCAACCCCAUCCUCUACAACCUGGUCUCGGCCAACUUCCGCCAGGUCUUCCUGUCCACACUGGCCUGCCUGUGUCCUGGCUGGCGGCACCGGAAGAAGAGGCCAACGUUCUCUAGGAAGCCGAACAGCAUGUCCAGCAACCAUGCCUUCUCCACCAGCGCCACUCGGGAGACCAUGUACUAGGCCCUGAGGAGGCUGGGAGGAGGCCUCAGCCUCUGUUCAGGGCAGCACCCUCCUAGGCCUCCACGGGGCCAACUAGUGGCCAGUCUAAACCGUGCCAGUGAGGCUGGGGCACCCUCCACCUGGAAGCUUCUUUCUUUCCAGUUUCUCUUUCUUUUCUUCCUCUGCCCCCUCCUCCUCCCCAAUCCUCUGUUCUUGCUCCUAUCCCUCUCCUACCUCCAAUUUAGAAAAUGAGAACAGUGGCUGCUUCUCUUCCUGCUCCCCAAAAGGCCUCUAACAAGAAGAAAUUAGCACUCACCAAGGAUAGCCUCCUUUGUUCCCAGACUAAUGGAUGUUUAGAAAGAAGAAAUGAAAGCACCUCCUGGGCUCUCGGGCAGAUGGGCUAUUGCAGUCAUCACAGCACCGCGGGGCCGCACCAGCUGGGCCAGGCAGUGACUGAAGCUGUACUUGGGCUCCAAGUUCAUAGGCAUAGGCUCCAUGUCAGCUUCCUCCUGCCUCUACUCCUGCCCUGGCCCAGCAGAUCCUGUGGCUCUCUCUGAGCCUCAUGUCCAGACCCUUCCUUGGCAGGAGGGCACACUGCCUCUCCCAGAGUGGUCCAGAGAAAUCCCCAACAUUCUCCUUAAGGCUCAGGGUCCACAGCGGAAAGCUGAGAGGAUCCACACCUCUGUCUCCACCCAGGACAGCUAUAGCCCACUAAAGAGACCCAAGUUCUCACUGGAGUCAUACAGACCUGGGACUCCUGUUUUAGGCCUGUCCUCACAAGAACAAGUGGCCUUGCAGGGACACCUGCACUAGCACCUUGACCUCUUGGAUCUGCAAAAGGAUGGCAGAUAAGUGGGGCCUGGCCUCCCCUGUCCAGGUGACUUUGCAGGGGGAGGGAUACACAGUUCUGCGUCUCUAUACAGCUGUAGAGAUUAAAGUCUGGCAGCUGCUGGCUUCAGGGCAGGACUCCUGAGUAGGGCACUGAGCCAGGUCCUCAGCAAGAUGCCAGUGUCUGAAAUUGUGCAGGUAAGGAAAGGCCAACACCCCAGCAUCCAGCUGGCCAGCAGCCCCAGACAGAGGCAUAUGUCAAUUUGUUACCAGCUGCCAAGUAGCCGCCCUGGCCCAGGUUCUAGGCGCCCAGAAAAGCAGGCACCUUUCAUCUCUGGGAGCUGUCUCCAAACAAGACAGAACCAUCUAGCCUUCAGCCAAAAAAGUUGGCUGAGCACUUGGAGAUGGUCCCAGGAUGCCCUGGACCAGCAGGGUAGGACUAGCAGGAGGGCCAGAGAACCAAGCUCAGCCUUUUGCAAAAGAGUCUUGGGCCCCAUUGUCUGGAAAAGAAAUGAAUAGAUGGGCAGCUGGCCUGUGAGAACAGUACUGCUGUAGGACUAUAAAACAUUGGGUUGAAUGUUGGGGUAUCUGUGGUCACCCAGAUAUAGCCACUCUGCCAAUAACAUGACCCCUCAGGUCAUCAAAGGCAGGGCUUGGGCAAAUCAGGCUCAUUGCCAAUACUAGGAAGACAUGAUCAGCCCAGAGGUGGGGCCUCUCAACCCAAGAACUAUCUACAUGGGAGCCCCUCCCAGCCCUGUGGAGCCACCUUGCCCAGUGAGUGGGUCACAGGCCAAUGCUUUUUCAGGAGGAUUUGGACUUAUACCCUGGCCAGGCAGCCCAGCCCCAGGUCCCUAUCCUGGAUUCCCAGACCUUGGGCAAGCUGUUCUUCUGACCUUCAGUUUCCCCCUCUUAGCUGACUGGGACUGUCGUGAAGGACCCAGUCUGGAGUAAAGAGAAGUGAGAUACCCUGAGGCUGGGUAGAGCCAAUGCCCUAUUAUACAACAUCCCAGAAAUGAUGUGGCUGUCACUAGAAGUCCUUACUGUCCUCUUGUCUGUGUGUUUGACGUAGUUAGGGACACAUCCAUGCACCACCAGAUGCACCUGUGACCUGGCUUGGUAUCCUCAGCUCAGGGCCAAGUCAGGAUGGAAAUAGUUCCAGAGGCUGACCUUGGUGUCUGGGCCACAAAUCCAGAGUUUCAUGAGCCCAGUAGUGAUGUGGACACAAGUCACGUGCCCUCAAAUAUAUGACAGAAUAUCCCCCAUCCUACCACACUUUGAAGAACACUCUCCCCCAGACCUCCCCCAUAAAGAAUAAAGGAAGCUGUGGACACCCAA